AGAGAGAUGGGGGAGAGACCAAGGUGCUUUCUGGACAUUAGCAUAGGAGGAGAGCUUGAAGGACGGAUAGUGAUUGAGCUUUACGACCAUGUGGUGCCCAAAACUGCUGAGAAUUUUAGAGCUCUCUGUACUGGAGAGAAGGGCAUUGGUCCCAACACUGGUGUCCCCCUCCACUACAAGGGAAACCGUUUUCAUCGUGUUAUCAAAGGCUUUAUGAUACAAGGGGGUGACAUUUCUGCUGGAGAUGGCACUGGGGGAGAAUCUAUCUAUGGGCUGAAGUUUGAAGAUGAAAAUUUUGAAUUGAAACAUGAAAGGAAAGGCAUGUUAUCCAUGGCCAAUGCUGGUCCGGACACCAAUGGGUCUCAGUUUUUUAUCACAACAACUCGCACUGCUCAUUUAGAUGGGAAACAUGUUGUGUUUGGGAAGGUAGUAAAAGGGAUGGGAGUGGUUCGUUCAAUUGAGCACAUUUCUACUGGUGAGGGCGGUGAUUCUCCGAUUGUUGACGUUGUCAUUGCGGAUUGUGGAGAAAUUCCUGCUGAGGCAGAUGAUGGAAUAUCUAAUUUAUUCAAUGAUGGUGACACUUAUCCUGAUUGGCCUGCUGACCUAGAUAAUAGUUCGGAUGAGCUUUCUUGGUGGAUGACUUCUGUAGAUUCAAUCAAGGCUUUCGGUAAUGAAUAUUUCAAGAAACAAGACUAUAAGAUGGCUCUUAGAAAGUACAGGAAAUCUUUGCGCUAUCUCGAUAUUUGUUGGGAGAAAGAUGGAAUUGAUGAAGAAAAGAGUUCGAGUUUAAGAAAAAUCAAGUCACAGAUUUUCACUAAUAGCUCUGCUUGUAAAUUGAAAUUAGGGGACCUGAAAGGAGCACUGUUAGACACUGACUUUGCAAUGAGGGAUGGAGAAAAUAAUGUGAAGGCAUUGUUUCGACAAGGCCAGGCAUACAUAGCACUUAAUGAUAUUGAUGCUGCUGUUGAGAGCUUCAAGAAGGCAUUGGAUUUGGAACCAACUGAUGCUGGAAUUAAAAAGGAGCUUGCUGCUGCUAAGAAGAAGAUUUCUGAUAGGCAUGAUAAGGAGAAGAAGGCCUACAGCAAGAUGUUUCAGAAAUAGUACUUUGCUGUCAGCUGGCUGUCUAUCCUUUGAUUUACAAAUGCUACAGGGUCCUAUCAUAGUUUAGUACCAAGUUCAACUGUUUCAGACAUUUUUGUGACGAGGAGCCCUGAUUUUCUGAAGGGAAAAUCAGGUUGUUCCAGUUCAUAGGAGAGUAGUCUUAUCCUUGCAAGAAAUAUGUAAUUGUGAAGAGUUAACGCCUGAAACUCUUCUCAUCGAGUCUUCUUCCUCUUUAGUUGGCAGAAGCCAGUGAUUUGGAACUUUUAUGUAGCAUUAAACCAAAAAUUUU